AUGGCAAGCUGCAAACAACAAAGUGGACCGAAUUUUAUGCCCAUAGUCAGUGAGAAAUAUGCAAAAGAUGAAGGGAAUAAAAAGAACUGGACUAUAUCAGAAAAGGAUAAAUGGGCUCAGAUCUGUAAUAAAGGAUUUGGCCCGAGGCGUGUCUCAAACCGUUACUACACUGAAAAAUCCAUCACGUGUCACAACUGCAGCAAGUCCGGCCAUCUCUCCAAAAACUGUCCCACAACAAAGAAGGUGCCAUGCUGCUCAUUAUGUGGGCUUCAGGGACACUUGCUGAGGACCUGUCCGAACCGUCACUGUUAUAACUGCUCAUUGCCUGGCCACACCUAUGACGACUGUCUGGAGAGAGCUUACUGGCACAAACGCUGCCGCCGCUGUGGCAUGACCGGACAUUUCUUUGACGCCUGCCCAGAAAUCUGGAGACAGUACCACCUUACAACCACUAAUGGACCCCUCCGCAAGCCCAGUGAUCCAAAUUCCUGCAGGAAACCUGCCUACUGCUACAACUGCUCUAAGAAAGGACACUUCGGCCAUGAAUGCACUGAGAGGAGAAUGUAUAACGGGACGUAUCCCACCCUGCCAUUUAUUUCCUAUUAUGACACAAAGAAGGACAUGAAUUGCCGGAAUCAUCGACUUAAAAAGCAGGCCAAAGAACUUCAGGAAGCCGGAUUGAUUUCACCUGAUGGAGCUUUCGUUACAAAUACCCCCCAACCGCCCAGAAAGAAACAAAAAAUCAGCCAAAAACAGUCUCCAUACGCACACAACACUCACACCAACAACCAGCUCACGCCGAAGAGACGCAUCGCACACACACCCAAACACCAUCCACAAGCGCACAAACAGAACACACACUUGAAUUUCAAGCAGAGCUCACAAACACCAGGAAACCACGGCAAACACACGCCUCAGAGCAGGUUUAAACCACAAAAGCAAAGCCAGAAGGAAGCCAAAAAGAAAACACGAUCUGAAGGUAUAGUUUUAGAUGAAGACGCAGACUUUCCUAGAGGCUGUGAAAAGAGCCCUCACACGACAAGAGUUUUUUCAUCACCUCGCAAAGCCAAUGUGACGCUGAAUAAGCCCUUUGCACUGGAAAAGAGCAAUAAAAAGAAACCGGAUAAAAUAUCGAAAAAGAAGGAGAGGAAAUGGAGAAAGAGACAAAAAAAAGCUACAAAAGGUUCUUCCGCGUAUCCGUCCGAUGAAAACCUCUUUCUGAUUAAACAAAGAAAGGUAUGAAGAUAAAAAAGGCAAAUAGUGUGAAUGGGACGUCAGGUGAUUCUCCGUCUGCUGGUGGUUGGUUUUGGCCCAUCUUCCUCCAUUCACAUGCUUUUGUGUACAGUAUUAGGGCUUUUUAGGGUUGUCCAAAUCAGACCUCUCGCCCAAAUUCAGUAAACUGCUCAGUGCUUGACUGCAUUAUAUGAUGAUAUUCAUAUAUUAAAUUGACAAUAAAAAGUGCAUAAUUUUUUUGGGGGGGAAAUGUAAUACUUUUAGCAAACAUCAGAUAUUUUAAAAGCAGGUGUCCUGCUUGUUCAUGACGAGUGUAUAGAGUUUUAUGUACAUGCUGACUUCUGUAACAUCA